CCCUACGUUUUCACUCUCACCAGAGAACCGGCCUUGUUUUCUUUAGUUUUUGGUUGUCUCCCUGUUUUUUUUUUUAUUCUCUUAAUCCUGCCCAUCUCUUUUCUCCUCUUUGUAUUUGCCAGAUUUUCUGUUGUUACAAGAGAGAGUUUCUCACACUUUUCUUUAAGAUUUUCAAGCUGUUUUAUUUUGAAAAGUCCAAAAUGGCUCGUAUGAAUAGACCUGCCCCAGUGGAGAUCACUUACAAAAACAUGAGAUUCCUCAUUACCCACAACCCCACUAAUGCCACGCUUCACAAGUUCAUUGAGGAACUGAAGAAAUAUGGUGUGACGACGGUUGUUAGAGUGUGUGAGGCCACGUAUGAUGCAAAGCUGGUUGUUAAAGAAGGCAUUCAGGUUCUGGAUUGGCCCUUUGACGAUGGAGCUCCUCCCUCUAACCAGAUCGUUGAUGAUUGGCUGAAUCUUCUUCGGCUCAAGUUUAGGGAGGAGCCAGGCUGCUGCAUUGCCGUACAUUGCGUUGCAGGCCUUGGAAGAGCCCCAGUGCUGGUUGCCCUGGCCCUGAUUGAGUGUGGGAUGAAAUACGAGGAUGCUGUUCAGUUCAUACGACAGAAGCGCCGUGGAGCAUUUAACAGCAAGCAGCUCUUCUAUCUGGAAAAAUAUCAUCCCAAAAUGCGUCUUCGAUUCAAGGACACCAACGGACACCGCACCAACUGCUGCAUUCAGUAAAAGCUUGCGCAUCAGCCUUUCUCAAAUGUGUAAUGGAAAUUUGUAUCUAGCAUAAGUAGUUUGUUCUCUUAAUUGGUAAGUGUGAAAAUGCCGUUACAAAAAUUAAGCUUAUUUCGUUACAAGUGUCCUGCUCCCUCCUCUUUGUUUUAUGUAUUUUCCUGUGGAGAACCUCUGUCAGCAAGGUGAAGUGCUUGUUUGAACUUGAGCUUAGUGUUUUGCGAUGAAUUUUAUAUUGGAUGGUGAACAUGGUCAAAUCUCACCUCUGCCAAACACAUAGUAUGCUUUAUAAUCUAAAUGGUUUAAUUUAAAAAAAUUGUUUAAUGCAUUUUUUGUUAUUGAUAUGAUUUUUAGUCUAUCUGUAAUAAAUGCCUGCCUCCAAAAAUAUCUAAAAUAAAUGCCUUAUUACAGCAGAAAGAUGCCGUCUAGUGGAGCAGUUCUCAAUGGCAUUUGGAGAGGUUUCUCGAUGUCUUU